AUGUUUAAACCGUUAAUCAAGAAAGUUCGUGAAAAAAGUAAUAAUCCGAGUAUUUUACCGGAAAAUAAUUCCGAUGAAAUAAAUGAAGAUUUAAGUAAAGAUAAUAAGAACAGUUUUGAUAUUGAAAAUCCUUCGUCUACACGUAGUCAUCGACGAACUGAUUCAAAUAUACAACAAUUGUUAAGAAACCAAGUGAAACCUUCAAUUUCCAAUGAAUUAGAGAACAAAGAAGAAUUGGUAAAAUCUUUAUCGGAUAUUUUUUCUCCAUAUAUUGAAGAACCAGUUUCUAUUGAGAAUUAUGUACGAAUUCUUAAAACAUGGAUCGAUUCCAAAGAAGAAAUGCUUAAAGAAAAAGAUGAUACUAUUGAACGAUUAAUACAAGAAACAGUUCAUUUACAAAAUGAAAUGACAAUACUUAGAAGUGAAUUUAUAGAUUUACAAAACUUAAAAGAGAAAAAUACAAGUGGUAAUACUACUAAAAUGCCUUAUUUACAAAAACAGAUGGAUGCUCUUCGUUCAGACAAUGAAAAUCUUAAAUUAACUAUAAAAUCCUUACGAACACAAUUAAGUGAUGUUGAAGCAGAAAGAGAUGAUUUACUUAUAAAAUCAACUGAUGUAUGUAAUUUAAAACCUAAUGAUGAUCUUCAAAAACAACUUGAUAAACAAAAAUUUGAAAAUGAACGAUAUGAUAUUGAAUUACAAAAUUUAAGAAAAGCUCUUAUUGAACGAGACACCGUUAUUGAACAACAAGAUAAACGUUUAUUAAUUGAUCAUGAAACACAAGCAAUACAAACAGAUGAAGAUAAAUCAUUUGUUGAAGUACUUGCUGAACCAGAUGUGGAUACAAUCAGUAAAUUACAAGCCGAAUUAGAUGAUAAAAAUCGAACAAUAAAAAACUUACAACAACGUUAUAAUGAUCUUCGUAAAACACUUCAACGUGAAUUUCAUGCAUCAAUACCUAAAGAUCUUAAUCAAAUAGGAUCAUCAAAAUCAAAUAAUGCUACUCCAUCAUCACCAUCAAAUCUUCCAUUGAUACAUUACGAUGCAUCAGCAACAUCACAAAGUGAUGUUGAUGUGGCUAAACGAGCAUCAACAGCACGACAAAUGACUGCAAUACGUAAAAAUGUUACAUUUACAUCGCCAGUAACAUCAACUGCAUCAACAAGUUCAGCAAUUUUACCACAUACAUCGGUUGAAUCAACUUCAACAAAAUCACAAAUGAAUGGACAUCAUCCAUCUAUGGAUGGACAAACUACAUUAAAUGGUACAAAUUUUAAAUAUCUUAAACAUGUUUUGCUUAAAUUUAUGACUUCAACUGAAGAUGAAGCUAUUCAUCUCAUUCGUGCCGUAUCAACAUUGCUCAAUUUUUCAGCCGAUGAAGAACGUCUUCUUCGUGAAACACUUGAUUAUAAAAUGUCUUGGUUUGGAAAAGUAUCUCGCCAUAAACCAUUAACACCCAAUAUAAAUUUUUAA